AUGCCUUCCACCUCUUCACACUCUUCUCGCUCUUCACGUCCUUCCCACUCCUCACGUCCUUCACGAUCUUCCCACUCUUCCUCUCACAACAAACAUCUAGUAAUAGCUGCAUCUUCCUCUUCCUCUUCCUCCAAGCACCAGUCCAAGUCUCCCAGUGAGCCUGGUAGCAAGUCUGUCGCUCGGCAGGCCGAACUAGACAUCUACCAGUCACAGAACAACGACCUCUGGAAGAAUGUCAAGCAUACCCAGGGCAACACAAGCACCCUAAUUCUCGCGGUCGUAGCACCGGAUCAGAGAAAGCCCAUGAAGAGACUCAUCGACGACAAGGUGAAGCAUAAAAAGAUCCAAUCCUCAGUUGUGGUUACUACUCAAGAUCAGUUGCAGCAGCAGCUUCGCUGUGUCAUCGACAGUGGCGUCAAGAAGACCUACAAGUCUCUGCACUUGAUUGUGAGCUCGACAGUCUCUCAGUUGACCUAUCACAUUGAGAACUUCGUGGACCAAGUUUUUGUCAAAUCAUGUGGGUCAGCUGGACGGCAAGAUGCCCUCUACAUUAGCGCGUCUUCCACCUACUGCGGCUGGCAGACAGAGCAACCAAACCUUUCCGUCGAGGCCAGGAGGGACGUCAUGGCUCAAAUGGAGUCCCUCAAGGACGAUGUUGUUACUGAAAACGGUGAGGAGAGCGUCCAAUCACCUGCUGAUCAUGUCAACUCAUGGUUCCAACAGUGGAAGAGGCUUCUAGCCACUGUCAUCGAAGCUGGUGCAAACGCGAGCGGCGCAGGGAUAAUUAGUGGCAUGUGGAUGGGCAGUGAGGGGAUCAUCAUCAAGGGACCAUUUGGCCUUUACAUCGCUGCAGGGUAUGCAUGCUACGAUAUUGAGGGUUCUACGGGUGUUGCAUGUGGCCUGAGUGUCGGGACGUCUAUGGUCGCCUACGAUCAGGUGUUCUUGAUUUCUUGGGAUCGGAUCUGGGAGCUUUUUACGAACUUGUUGCAGAAGCUCUGGGGUUGGGCUAAGGAAGGUUUUACUUGGAUCAAAGACAAGAUCACCGAGUUGGCACGUUGGCUUGGUUCUUUUUUUGUUUAG